AGAAGAAGUUGAACGCGGGCAGCGCUGAUGACGUAGGGAGAGGGAAAUCCAAAACAGAAACCACGUCGCCUCAUUUCGGCCUCUCUCUGUUGUUAAGCCAAACAGCUGUUGUUGAGAAGUGGACGACAACUGCGAAAGAGGGAGAAAAGAUGCAGAGGGCUUCCCGUUUGAAGCGUGAACUUCAGAUGCUGAGCACCGAGCCACCUCCCGGGAUAACAUGCUGGCAGACUGAGGAACGGAUAGACGACCUCCGGGCACAGAUAGUUGGAGGAGCAGGAACUCCAUAUGAAGGUGGACUCUUCUCCCUGGAGAUCAAGGUCCCAGAGAGGUACCCAUUUGAGCCUCCCAAAAUACGAUUCUUGACCCCAAUCUACCACCCAAACAUUGACAAUUCAGGACGUAUCUGCCAUGACGCUCUCAAACUCCCACCAAAGGGUGCCUGGAAGCCAUCCUUAAACAUCUCCACAGUCCUCACCUCCAUCCAGCUGCUCAUGGCUGAGCCCAAUCCAGAUGACCCACUCAUGGCUGAUAUUUCAUCAGAGUUCAAAUACAACAAACAGCUGUUCAUGCAGACGGCCAAGAAGUGGACAGAGGAACAUGCUGUUCAGAAGAACACGGGAGUCGCAGAGAGCAACAAAGAAAAUACCCCAGAUCAGAAAGCAUCAUCACGCAAAAGAGAGGCCCUCAGUGCACAGCAGGAGGAAGAGGAGCCAGCAAAGAAAAACUGUGUGUAGUUUCCACCACACUUGUUAGAGCCACAGGUCUCUUCUCCAGAGCCACCAUGCUUUGCAUACCUGCCAAUUUGUAGAGUAUAAUUUUAUUUUUUAAUUAGUGGUAAUACCUACUUUAAUGUACCAUGUAUGCUUUUGUCUUCUUAACUCUGAAAUAUCGUCAUAUUUAUAUAUAUAAAGUUUAUGUUUGUGUUGUAAUAAUAAAGUUUUUUUUAACGCUAA